AUGAGCGCGCGGUUGAUCUGGGUACUGAACCAUCAAAUACUUGGUUCUGCAAGUGCACUCGUAUCUGGAUGGUCAUGGCUGGUGAAGUUACUGACCAGUAUCGACCUCGCAACCCUAUUGAAAGGUCUUGAUGGCGCAGUAGAAAAAAUACAUCAAAUACAAGCCAAUUUGACACGUUUUGGACUUAAGAAUCAGUUGGAGAAUUUGCUUUGUGAAUGGAGCUUGGCCCAGGAUGAGAUCGAAAUUGAGCAAACUGUGAGAGCAGAGUUGGGACUUGAUGAGCCACUGGAUACAAUGCAUCUCGGAGAUGAUGAUGACACUAUCGUGUAUGAUGCAACCACCACUCAUCAAGCAAAGAAAUACAUCGAUGAUCAGGUAAUUUACACAACUGGUCUGAUUAAUUCGUAUUACUCAAGUUAUUUGGAUGGUCCCGAGAAGUUUUCUGCGCUUUCCGAUGAGAGAAUUUGGAACGCUUUUAAGAAUGGUCUGAGAUUGGCGAAGGAAGGAUGUUUGGAUGAGCGAUUGCUAUCAAAGAGGGCGCGGAUGGAUUUGAACUUGCGGGUGGAGUAUGUGAAUGUUGAGCAGUAG